AUGCUGCAGAUUCGGCUGAGUAAACCAGUUAGUGAAAGCGGUACAAAUGUAAAACCUGUGUCUGUAGAAACUGUCACGGUUGCAUGUCCCGAUCAUCUUGUCUUAGCCGAUCUUCCUGUGGCCAAAAGUCUCGGUUCUCCAUGUUCGGCUGCUGUUAUCAAGAAUGUUGGUCGGAGGUCCCGUCGGCAGCUUGGUGAGCGCGUUCAUUUUUGUGUCCGGUGUGACUUCCCGAUUGCUAUCUAUGGGCGUUUGAGCCCCUGUGAGCAUGCCUUCUGUUUGGACUGUGCUAGAAGCGAUUCCCUUUGCUACCUAUGUGACGAACGUGUUCAAAAGAUUCAAACUAUCAAAAUGAUGGAAGGAUUAUUCAUAUGCGCUGCACCUCACUGCCUCAAGUCCUUCUUGAAGAGAACUGAAUUCGAGUCACACAUCCGUGGGGCCCACGCUGACCUCAUUAACCCGAACUGGGAAAAGGAAGUGAAUGAGUCAUCAGAGGCCAUAAGCUCCCGGAAAGCCUCGGCUUCUGAGACUACAGUUCAGGCACCUUUAAAGCCGGUGUUUUCUCCCCAUUUGAAUUUUCAGGUUAACGAUCGUGAAGACAAAAACCAGCAGCGUCCUCCGAAUAGGGACCCAUCGCUUUCCAGGCCCGUCAUGCAGCUGAGGCCCGUGCCAAAUUUUUCCGGUCAAGGCCCAAAUCAUCUGUCAGAACAACAACAUCCUGAGACUAGUAAUCAAUUGCAUGGGUUUGAUACAGAUGCUACACAAAACCGUCAGGACUCGGUUAAUCCAAAUUCAGCUAUGCCUGCUCCCCAGCAAUUUGUUUUCCCUGCCAAUUCAUCCAACGGUGGAAAGAAGUUCUUUGGUGCUCCAUAUGAGAUGGCAAAACCGAAUUCCACCCAAGACCCUGGGCCAGGACAGGGCUCGAUGCUGGGCUUCUCUCCACGGCCUGCUGGGCCCAUUACCUUCCCGCCAAAUUAUCCUCAGCCGUGGAACAUGGGCCCUGGUUCCGUGCCUCUGGAGCCUCCUCUGGUGACUCAGGGGCCCACAGAUGGGUUCGUGAAUACCGGCCCACAAGGCAGAGGAUUCUUUCAGGGUGAUUUCGGGCAGAAUACGGGUAUUAUGCCGUUAAGCGCCCCUCAACUGGCGGCAAAUACAAGUGUGGAGCAGGGGCAAGGUAGGAAUUUUGUGGACCCUAUGGACGGGAAAAAAAUUCCUCUGCCGCCAUCUCAGCUGGCUCAGAUGCAAAGAGGGAGGUCGUUUUCCAGCGAUGGCAAUAGUAGUAAUAUUAGCAAUCACGAUGCGCCACCCGGGUUCGAGUGGCCUUGCUGA